CAACACGAGCCGUAUUUAGAACUCGGCCGCUGCCUGAGACGGUCACAGAGCAUCAGUGAAAACUGUCAGUGAUACUUCUCCCAAUAACAGCGUAAAACCUCGACUGUCCAAAGACUAACAUUUGAGGAAUUCUGCUUCACUGAGUAUAUUUUAAAAUCCUCGACGAAAGGAAAAGAUGUCAGGCAAAGAGCGGAUCGACGUUUUCCCUUCGAGAAUGGCUCAAACCAUCAUGAAGGCACGUCUGAAAGGAGCUCAGACUGGACGCAACUUGCUGAAGAAGAAGGCAGAUGCGCUGUCCAUGCGUUUCCGGCAGAUUCUGAGGAAAAUCAUCGAGACUAAGACGUUGAUGGGGGAGGUGAUGAGGGAAGCAGCCUUCUCCUUAGCUGAAGCCAAAUUUGCUGCUGGUGACUUUAGCACUACAGUCAUCCAGAAUGUGAACAAGGCCCAGGUGAAGGUCAGGGCAAAGAAGGACAAUGUCGCAGGUGUGACCCUGCCUGUGUUCGAGCACUACCAGGAAGGAGGAGACAGUUAUGAGCUGACGGGUUUAGCAAGAGGUGGAGAGCAGUUGUCCAGGCUGAAGAGGAACUAUGCUAAAGCUGUGGAGCUGCUGGUGGAGUUAGCCUCCCUGCAGACCUCCUUCGUCACCUUGGAUGAAGCCAUCAAGAUCACCAACCGUCGUGUGAAUGCCAUCGAGCACGUGAUUAUCCCGAGGAUCGAGCGAACCCUCACGUACAUCAUCACUGAGCUGGAUGAGAGAGAAAGAGAAGAGUUCUAUAGGUUGAAGAAGAUCCAGGAGAAGAAGAAGCAGCUGAGGGAGAGGACGGAGCUGGAAAUAGCGCAGCGCCUGGCCCAGCUCGGCCCCAUCAGCGAACCGGCCAACAUGGUCGAUAUGGAGAAAGACGAAGACCUGCUGUUCGAAUGAGCCUGGUUCAGGCUUCAACUCCCAGUACACACGUUAUUUAUUCUGCGUGCCUACCAGAUCAAGCACGAUAUAUUAUGUGAAAGGAAAGAAAUCACCAUUGUUUUGUGUAUAUGUUGGUGCUUAUUUUGUUUUCAGUUUUGCCUUUUUUGAAAGAAAAAAAAAAGCAUGUUCAUGUUAUCAGUAUCUAUAUAUUACAUAUAAAUAUAUGUACAUUGCUGGUUUACGCUGCUAGCAAUGACUGUGUUCUCUGUAAGGUUUACUGUCUCCGGUCUUGUUGAGUCUGUGUGAGUGAUUUAUCAUCGAUGACUGUAUGGGAUUACCUGAAAUACCAUUCCAAGUUCAUAGUAAGUUCAUGAUGUCAUACUGUACUGUAGUGCAACUUCGAAAGCCGAUGUGGUUGGUACUAUAAAGUGAGAUACUCUUCAGUGGAAGCUCAAGACCAUUGAUUAUGGUGGAAACCUUUAUGAUCCCUGUGUAUAGUUCUUCAUAAAGCUCAUUUCAACAGUGUCAUCUCACUAUUAAUCCACCGUUCGACACAUCAGAGUAUUUCCAGUGACCCCUGAUGUGCUGAAAUUCUUGUAUAAUCUCAACUGAUAUUGUCUGUGAAAUUCAUUUGGAAUAAAAAUUGUAGAUGUUCA